AACAAUUUUUAUUUUGGUUUAACAUAAAAAUUAAAUCACUUUUUUAGUAAUUUCAACAAAAGAAUAUUCAUAACAAUAGGUUUCCUUAACUCACUUGGAGAGUCCCAAAAAGAUGUGAAGAGGUGCUUGGAAGCAACAAGGUGAGAAAAACAAGAACAAUUAUUGUUUAUUAUAAUAAAAAAUGUCAUAAUUGGAUUUCUAGAAUGUUAAUUUAACAUUUUAUCCUCUCAAUGGCAUUUAUGAGAACCAAAGGGAUGAAAGUCUCAAGGUGGAAAUGUGAAACUGUCACCCAUGCCAUCCAGCAAGAUAUGGUUUCGUGUGGUGUGUUUGCGCUUAAAUUUGCAGAGUGCAUACUGGAAAACAAGGACCUGAACUUUCCAUCAACAGCAGAAGCUGUUAAUGCCACGAGACUCAACAUUUCUUCCACACUUCUCUCAGAAUCAGACUCAGUGGAGAAUCUCUGCAGACACUGUGGCAGUGAGGACACAGAAGAUCAUAUGUGGAUCGCAUGUGACAGAUGCAACUGGUGGAACCACCAAGGCUGCGUUAAGGUCCCACAAACCGACACAGACUACUGCUGUGCAAUGUGUUUAUAGAUUUUAUGUUUGUACCAAUCUAAUUAUUUAAUGACUGCAGUUUAGUGGAUUUUCAGUUUAAACAUGUGACAUAAUUUUCAUUGACUUAAUUGGUUUUCCAAAAUUUUUUGUUAUGAAUAUUCUUUUGUUGAAAUUAAUGAAAAAAAGUGAUUAACCUAACCCUAACUCCUAACCCUAACUAUAGAGGUGCAGUCGUAUGUGUACAGACAAUAGAGCAGGGGGCUCAGCACACAGCCCUGUGGAGAGCCAGUACUA